AGCUCAGUCUUCCCCGGCCAUCAUGUCUAUGCAUGAUUUGAAUGCUUCCAAGUCUAACCAGACUGGUUCAGGCUUUCAAAAUAAUGAUCAUGAUCAUGAUGGUCCGACCCUUUCACUCCACUCGAGUUUUGGUGAUCUGAAUCGUUCCAAUGGAUCAGGUAGUAGUACUACUGCAAACACCGACCACAACGUUGGGAGUCGGCCAAUUAUCUCAAGUCUUAGCCAACUUGGUCUGUCCAAACGAGUGACUGAGGUGAGAUCAUCCUAUGUUGCCCCGCAUAGAGUCCAUGUCCAUAGCCUCAUCGACUUCAUGCCUGUCCAAAACCAAGCAUCAGAUCUUGCUCUCACUGAGGUCACUGUCACCCAUGAGAUUGUGAGAACUCAACUUCUGGCUGCGACCUCCACUAGGGAUCGGAUUUUCAAUAUCCCAAGAUCAGAUGAUGAUGAAAUCCGUAUCCAAGGCCAACCCAGUAUCCAAACCCAAACUUUCAUGCCUGCCUCCUCCAACCAAGUGAAUCAUUCACCGUCAUUCCAGAGGCCGGAACCUUUACAUGACCAUCAUUUUCAAAACCUCAGCAACAACUUUGCUCAUUUUCAAGCCAUUAGUAGCCCUCAUGAUCAUUCUAGUCUUGGGAGCUAUUUGCAAAACCCAGGCUAUAAUAAUCCUAGUCAUUAUCAAAACUCAGUACCGAUGGAAACUAAGGAUCAAAACCGUCGUGCAAACCCACCGUUAAUUAUAAGGAAUAUCAGUUCGCGAGAGCUACGCUUUUAUCUUGAGUCCAAUAUAAGCAACCCAUUGCGAAGUUUUAACUCAGUUGACACUGAUAUUUCUGAGGAUGAAGAUGAUGAAAUUGAGGGUGAUGGCCGCACUCAUAGCCUUCCUUACAAGAAAUAUGGUCCAUACACAUGUCCCAAAUGCGAGGGAGUUUUCGAUACAUCACAAUCAUUUGCAGCUCACAUAGGGUCUCAUUACAAGUACGAGACCAGCGAGGAGAGGAGGAAAAGACUAGCAGCCAGGAGAAGAAGGAAAAAUCUUCGUCUUUUCCGUUUCGGAGCUGGACUUAAUGUGGUGCCCGAUUAUUCUUUAAAUGCAGCAUGGCAAAGGAAGAGUUGGAAUGUGGACAAGAACGCAGAAAUGGCUGUGAAAAUUGAAGAGAGAGAUGAUGGGGAUGAGGAAGAUGAUGAGGAUGGGGAUGAGGAAGAUGAUGGGGAUGAGAUGCAAAAACAGGCUCCACCUCCAGAACAUGAAGCAGCUCAUGAGGCCGGCUUGAUUGGCAAUGAGGUCAAAGAGGAGCCUUUGGAACUGAUGGUUUAAUAAAUUUAAAUUAGAUGGCUAUUAGAGCUCUUCUUAAUAAAAGUUCGAACUAAUUAAAAUAAGACAGCUUUUGUUAUAAGAAUGUCUUUUAGCCUUAACCGGAAGAAAAGUUUUACUAUGUACAAGC